UACGGGUGGGAAGAUCAGUGCCUCCCGAAUGCCCGGAGAGGAUGGGUGCGUUGCGCGCGAAAUUUUACCGCCAAUUUUCUUAGGCGAGAAAAUUCGACCUCGUUUCAAACUACAACUCUUUCCGAUAUCCGAUUUUUCGUGUGACAAAUGAGUAUAUCGUGAGAUUUUGACUAAACAUGACUAGAAGAUAAAUUCAUAUCUUAAAUGGAACUUUGUGAAAUAUUUGUUAAGGUGAUGAGUUUUAAAAUCAUUUAAAUAUGAAACAAUGGGCGGGUUAAAGUAGUUACGUGAUAUAUUCGAAUAAAAUAUAUGUUUAGAAACGAAGUAAAAUGUGAAAAUAUAUGUGACUUGUAUAGGAUGUGUAAUUGAUGUGAUGUGCGGAGAUGAAUAGAUUUGACAAUUCGAAUAGACAAGACAAAGACGAUGAGAAUCCCAGAGGAAAUUGCACAAAACCAAAUAAAAUUCUUGAACUGGAUUUGGACUACUUGGAGAGGGGAGGAGCCUCCAUGACAGUGGGAGGGGCCCCCAGCGUGGAGCCGAGCCCUGACAGCCUUGACCUCAUCAAGGUUGUGCUGCUCGGUGCGCCAGCCGUGGGCAAAACCAGCAUUAUCCAGCAAUUCGUGUGGAGUGACUUCUCCGAAGAAUACGUGCCAACAGACAGAAAACACACUUUCUACCCCUCGGUGAUCAUCAACGAACACCUUUACGAAGUCAAAAUAACAGACGUGCCGGUUAUACCAUACUUUCCCAUAAACUCGUACUACGAGUGGGCUCAUUACCGAUUUUACGGUCUCCGAAACGCUACUGCAUACAUUCUCGUGUUCGAUCUGUCAAAUGUUGAGACUUUCCAAUACAUACGGACAUUGAGAGACCAAAUGGUUGAAAGUAGGGACAUGAGGAACGUUCCCGUACUCGUCGUUGGUAAUAAACAGGAUCUGCUGUGCAGCAACACACCGUCGGCUGCAAGCGGCUUGCAACAACUUGCAUUAGCUGAAAGCGCUUGCGGCGAUUCCAGGGAAAAAAGACGAAAUAUCGUUAAUUUAGUUCGUAAACACUGGAAAUGUGGGUAUGUGGAGUGCUCGGCGAAAUAUAAUUGGAGAGUGAUAGCUGUUUUUAAGGAGUUGAUGGAGAUGAUUGAUGCGUUGGAGUGGAGCGGGGGCGGGCGGUCGGCAGAGCCCCCCCCAGAAUCGUCGGCGGGAGGGGCCGCCGGCUCCCACGACACUCGCUGCGUGAUAGCUUAGCACUGAGUGUAGGCCAAUGUUACACAUUGUGGCGAAGUAGACAUUUAGUCAGUCAUAUUAUAAAUUAACGUGGAAAGUUGGUAUUAAUCUGCUACACUGAUAACCUAAAAUGAUUGCCUGAAUAUUUUGUUCAUAAGAUUCAUAAAUUUAUUCAUUUACUAUUGUUGCCAAGAAAAGAAAUAUAAUGGGAAAAUAUAAUAGAUUAAAUUAGGAAUAUUGUACGAUAGCUCGUAUUUCUUUAUUUAUUUGUUAAUUUUAAUCGAUCACAUAGAAAUCUGCAAUAAGUGAAAUUAUUAAGCCGUAUAUAUAUAUAACAAUCUUUACUAGAAAGACAUUUAAACGCGACCUCUGUAAAUUAAUUUCGAUGAGAGUAAAAGUAAGUUAUAUUUUCAUGUUUCAAAACUGUGGCCUGGAAACUUAGUACUUACCUAAUUUUGCCAACUAGCAAUAUCUUCUAAAAUGUUUGGAAAAUAAAUGAGAUUAAAUUUUCUGCUACUUAAGUAAUUGGUUGAAAAUUGCUAAAAAUACACAGUAUUAUGAUAGAAUAAACGAACUGAUUUUUCCACUUUUCAGUGUGAAUUUGUACACCUGGGUUGAUAGCUCAAACUUUAUGGGAAAGUUCAUUGUCUGUCGAUGACGUCAUAAAAAGGUACCGUUAGUAAAUGAAUAUCACCAAAAAAGUGUGCAUGUUUCUUGUUAGUUCUUGAAAAUUACUGUGAUUAAUAUUGAUAUUAUUGUUCACUGAUGAUUGAUUCUACAGUUUUGUGAUUCUAAGCAUUAAACCACAUCUAUGUCUGUCUUUUAGACACAAACAAAAGUAGAAUUUUAUACUCUAUAGUGAUUUUCGCACAAAAUUAUAAUUUUUACAUUGUUUUAUACUUUUAUUUAGAUUAGGAUCUAAAAAUAUAUUAUGUAGGCGUUUACCAUUAGAGACAUGUAACAUUGUUUCCCAGGGUACUUUUACACUUUUCUACUAAAAUUACCUUGACUAUAGCUAUUUCUUACAAUACUAAAAUUCCAAAUUGACUACGUAUUGCAAAUGUUAAAUUCUAUAUUAUUAAACAAGCUAAAUAAAACCGUUUAAUAAUCGAUAUACUUUCGUUGGGUCUAAUUUUUAUUUACAUUUAUUUAGAGUGAAAAAAUAAAUAAUAAAACAAAUCUACGUAAUAGGUACCCACAUACUAUACUUAUAUUUUUUAAAAGUAAUAGAAUUAUUACAAUCUUAUAAAGAAUAACAUUUUGAGAAUGCUCAAUUAAAAAAAAAAUCGGUUCUCCCACUAUGCAACGGGAAAAUAGAGAAUAUCAAAAUAGCAUUGAUACAUUUAUUUAUUUAUUUAUUUUAUUGUGGCAACUUUAAAGUGUCAUUGACACGAUUUUCCCAAUGACUUCCAAUUCUUAAUUUUUUAUGAUUAAUUACCUAUGACUUAAUUUAUUAUUGAACUCUUGUAGCUGAUGAUUACACAUUUCAAUUUUGAUAUUUCCUCCAUUGAUGAAAAUGUUCUAAGCAAUAAAUAUUUUGCAAUGAAUAAAUUAAAAAAAUAAAUGUCCCUCAAUGCGGAACAGAGAUGACAACAAAAGACUCGCUUCGUCUGCUAGCUUCAGUGUAUCUGCUAUUUUAUUUCACACGGGACAUUGUAAAGUAGGUUUUUUUCUUUCGAGUCUUAACAUGUAAACGAUCGUCACAGUACUUACUCGUCGUAUUGUUAUCGAAAAUAAACUAAAUAUUAUCACAAGCAUUGUAAAAUAAAACAUUUAUUAACAGUGAAAUUAAUUUACUAAAAAUACAUAUUGCUGUAAAGACGACUUAUGGUAAGAUUGUUUAUUUAAUGAGACUUGUGAGAGAAAAAAACUUUAAUUAGAUUAUUCUUUCACUCGUAAUAUUUUAUAGGCAAAUUUGAAACUGAAACAGUUUAACUAGAAACUUGUUGUUGUACUUUAUAUCACUAACCACCGAAAUCAUAGUAAUAUCUGUAAAUUCUUACUCUGUGUUGUGCAUUUCAAACCUUUGUGCUUCCUUCAGUGUUGUAAAUAAAUUAUUUGUGAUUACUCUAUUUAAACUUUUAGAAAACUACCUAUGUAACCUUUCUUUGCAUUUUAAUACUUUUGUAUAUUAUUUUUUAUGUGAGAUAUAAAAUAAUUACCUAGCCUUAUUUCACAUCAGUGUGAACAAGUUUGUUUCGUUGGACAAAUUAAAAAAACUCCCGACUUUCAAUAUUCAUUUUGCUACAACAUUUGAACGGCUGAACCGAUUUUGAUCAAACAUAUCUGAGAACCGUCACAUAAAAGAUUUAUAUCAAAUAAAAAAAACCGCAUCCAAAUUGGUUCACCCGUUUAUGAGCUACGGUGCCACGUACACAGACAGACACACUUAGCGAUGAAACUUAUAACACCCCUCUUUUUGUUUCGAGGCUUAAAAAUAAUGACAUACAUAGUGAAAUAAUAUUUUUGUAAUAUAUUUUUCUUAAUUUUUAAUUCUUGUUUGACUGGAAAAAAUCCCUUUCUGGGAUAAGUCCGCCUAUGUACGCGUCUCUAUUUUUACCUACUUCUUUUUUUGUUGGUGUUUUCUUUGUGCAAGAAAGAGUUUACAAACAAAUAUACAAUGUCUAUUUCUCACGUUACUUUUAAUCUAAUUAUUUUUUUAAACUUUCUGUGAUGACUAUUAAUUUAAAUAUUUUACGUUAGGUAGCUAUGAAUACUAUCAGAUUGCAAUUAUUUUAAUUAUAUUUUUAUGUAAGUUAAGUAAAACAUAUGCUUUAUUGAUUGGAUCUUUUUUACUUAUUUGUACUAGGUACAUAACUGUAUAGUUUUGAGCUUAAAACAAAUGUUAAACGAUCAUACACAUCAUAAUGUAGAUAAAUAACUGAUGUUAUACAACUGUUACACGGUGCAAUAAAAUGUUGUGAACAAA